CACUGUUUGCACAUUUCUCAUACAAACAACUUUAAAAAUGUUACAAAUACCUCGAGUGAUACUGUGUACACUACAGUAUAUUUUUGCUUUGCCACAGUUAACAGACUUCGACACACGAAGUUAUAAACCACAAUUCUUGUUGUUAAUCAACAUAGUACAAGAAAGCGCAAAUGACAUGAUCAAUAAAAACAUAGAAAUGAGAAACAGAAUAGAAGAGAUGUAUAAAAUUGGAUCAAAUGGCGAUCCAUCACAAUGUACUAUGUCCAGAAAUGUCAUCAAAAUACCAGAUCUGGAAUUAGCAGCGGCAAUCAAAAUGAACAACGCUAUAGUGAAUACGAUAGAAAUUAAAUUAGGACCUCUAUGGAGUUAUCCUGCUGAUGCUAAGAUAAGCUCAGAGGUUAAAGAUCUCUCCUGUAUUAACAACAAUGUGACUACUAUCACCAAGGAUAACAAUAAAAUCUGUGAAUGCUUUUCGCAAGUAUAUAAGGCAUUAGAAAAGAGCUUUGAAGCACACAGCCAGUUUUUGACGUCAAUAAUAAAUGUGCACGCUAAAGCUGCGUUGAGAUAUAAUAUUUUUGAUCGUCUAUUUAAAUUUGUGGAAAUAAUGUCAUUGGAUAAUAUCAAGAGAAUCUGGAAUGAUGAUGUCACUUCGAAUGAUAAUUAAUGCCAGUUAGAUUGUGAUAUAAGAGGCGUUCAUUCAACUGGCUUUAUUUAUGAUACUGUGGUUUAAAAUGAAAUACAAAUUCGAAUUCAUAUUGUAAAAAAUAUUUUGUAAUUAUGCACAUCUAUAUAGAGGAAAC